AGUUAGGCCCCGCCCCCCGAGCGCUCUGAUUGGCUGCUGCGGGAGAAUUCCUAUCAACCGUUUUUCCCGACGUCACAUAUAAAUGUCCCAGGGAUGGUCCCGUAGUUACUCCGCUGCUGUCUCCUCCGGGCUCCGCAACAAAGAAAAGGACUCCCACAGAAAGCGAGGACAUGUUUACGGCAGUCUUCCUCGUCCUGCUCGGCCUGAGCUCCGGGCUGGUGAAAGCUUUCCCCUCCCAGGACUCAGACACUGGGAAGAACUGGGUGCUGAUCGUGGCUGGCUCCAACGGCUGGUACAACUACAGACACCAGGCCGAUGCUUGCCAUGCCUAUCAGAUUGUCCACAAAAAUGGCAUCCCAGAUGAGCAGAUUGUGGUCAUGAUGUACGAUGACUUGGCACAAAAUGAGGAAAACCCCACCCCGGGCAUAUUGAUCAACAGGCCUAAUGGCUCUGAUGUGUACCAGGGAGUUCCUAAAGACUACACAGGGGACGCUGUGACGCCAGAAAACUUCCUGGCAGUGCUGAAGGGUGACUCCUCAAAAGUCAAAGGUGGCUCUGGAAAAGUGUUGAAGAGCGGCCCCAACGAUCACGUGUUUGUGUACUUUACCGACCACGGAGCGCCUGGUAUAUUGGCCUUCCCUAACGAUGAUCUCCAGGUUAAAGACCUCCAGGACGCCAUUAAAUACAUGCACGACAAUAAGAAAUACAAAAGGAUGGUGUUCUACAUUGAGGCAUGUGAGUCCGGGUCGAUGAUGAACCACCUCCCUACGGACAUUGACGUGUACGCCACCACAGCUGCCAACCCACACGAGUCCUCGUACGCCUGCUACUAUGACGAGAAGAGGGACACCUACCUGGGAGACUGGUACAGUGUGAACUGGAUGGAGGACUCUGAUGUGGAGGACCUGAAUAAGGAGACUUUGGUGAAGCAGUUCAAGAUCGUAAAGAGCCACACAAACACCAGCCACGUCCAGCAGUAUGGAAACAAGACUAUGGGCCACAUGAAGGUCAUCGCAUUUCAGGGUAAUGUCAUGGCAACCAACCAGCCUGCUCCUCCAAUGAAACUGCAGCCAAUCACAAAUCCAGAUCUGACCCCAAGCCCCGACGUUCCUCUGGCCAUUCUCAAGAGGAAGAUGAUGGCCUCCAAUGAUAUCAGAGUUGCAAGGGGGCUGCUGAUGGAGAUCAACGCCCACCUCAAGGUCAGGGAAAUGCUGGCUGAGAGUAUGCGCCAAGUGGUGGAGAGGGUGACCGGGAACAAGCUCAAGGCUGAGGAGGUUCUCAACGAGAGGGCAGAGCUCAGCCAGCAUCAGUGCUACAAGACUGCCAUCAACCACUACAAAUACAACUGCUACAACUGGCACAAAACAGAGUAUGAAUAUGCUCUGAGGCAUCUGUACGCUCUGGUGAACCUGUGUGAGAGGGGAUACUCCGCAGACAGCAUCCAGCUGGCCAUGGACUCCGUGUGUCGUUUCCGCUUUUAAAAGGCUUUUUGGAAACCCAUGAAAGUCUCCCAUCAAACUGCUUCUUGGAUGUGGGAAGGCCGGAGUAGGCGGAGCUUCUCUUUGCACUGCUUUAAGAAUCAAUCUGACGUGGAGCUGACGUUAUUGUUUUAUCAACACUCUAACACUUUUUUUUAAAACUUGUGAUAUGUUUUUGAUUUUACCGAGAACUUUUAAACUUGUUUUAUGAUGAGUUUGCACUAUCACUGUGAAGGGUUUAUGGAUGACGUUUUACUGCUUCUGAUUAUUUUUAGGACAUAAGAUUUAUAAAAAAAAAAAAAAUUAAAGCAUGGAAUUCAUGUAAAUUUGUUUUGCUCUUAGCUUUAUGUGUGGUGUGGACGACCUGGCAUGAG